UCAAAAUUAUUCAAAAUGGUGUCAAACUGAUUUAUUAGGAUUAUUGAACACUCUUAGUGAUAAGAAAAGUGAGUAUAUAGUGGUCCUCUGACUGGUCCUCUGACUGGUUCUCUAAGUGGUCCCUCUCACGAGGACACAGUGGCAGAACACAGACUUUAACAUCGAAACUGAUAUAAAUACUUAAAUUAAAGUAAACAUGUGGUUUUGACCACAAAUCAAAACUUUUAUUAAAAUUAUUAUUAUUCUGACACUGUCUGCAGCACUGAUAUCACUUCAUUAUUUGUUUGUUCUGAGGAACAAAACGUGUGUGUGUGUGUGUGUGUGUGUGUGUGUCUGCAGCUCAGAUGACUGUAAUGUAAAUCCAGACAAACCGGUUCUGAGGAGGUUUCAGUAAGUACAGCUGCACCCCCACUGCAUGCUGGGAGCUGGAGGGAGGAUGGCCGGGCUCUGCUGCUUCUGUGUGUGUGUGUGUUGCUGGUGGCUCUGGUCCUUAUAGUUCCUGAUUGCUGGGUGGAGUCUAAUCUCUGGUCCUUUUUGUUCCUGAUUGCUGGGUGGAGUCUAAUCUCUGGUCCCUAUAGUUCCUGAUUGCUGGGUGGAGUAUAAUCUCUGGUCUUUAUAGUUCCGGAUUGCUGGGUGGAGUCUAAUCUCUGGUCUUUAUAGUUCCGGAUUGCUGGGUGAAGUCUAAUCUCUGGUCUUUAUAGUUCCUGAUUGCUGGGUGGAGACUAAUCUCUGGUGUUUAAUCCGCCUGCAGCUGGGUUUUUUUCUUUUUUGUUUUUUUUGCAGACCUCUAAAUAAAAGUAUUCAUUCUUUAUGUUUCUCAUGUUCAGACUCAAACCGUCAACAUGUCGGUCCGUCCCUCAACACGGUCUCCCUUCCUGUCUGCGUCUCAUUGGUUCCUACUGAAGAAGUCUUAAAAACAUUUAAAGGAGCUCUAUGAGACACUUGUUUCUGGUUUGAGUCUGAACAUGAAGACACAUGAUAUUAAUAAAAUCAAUAAGUGAUGAUGAUGAUGAAGCAGCGUGUCGGCAAUGUUUGCUCCGUCUCACCUGGUUUCCUGCCCCCCUCUACAGAGACACCUUCCUACACAGCCUGGCAGUCACUCAGUGGGAGAAGAAGAGAAUAAGUAAACACCUCAGCCAGUCCAGGCUGUCCUUGUCUGAUGACAUCAUCACCCCGACUCUGCAGUCUGCUGAGGAGGGCAGCAGUGACCCGAGUGAAGAACUCUCCACCUCCGGCAGUUUGGACACCAACAGACACUCAGAGUCCCAGAAUGCCCCAGCGAGCAGUACUCUCCCCACCGACAAGAAGUUUCUGUUGGACAUGUUGUACUCCAAGACCUCCGGCUCAGUACCUCUGAGCUCGACCGCUGCUGCUCCCGACACCAACGAAGAAGAAGCCCACUUCCUGUCCGGUGGUCAUGGUCGUGUGUUGGAGCGUCUCUCCAGCUUCGGAGCGAGCUCAGUAGAGCCGUCCAAUGAGAGCAGAGCCUCCCGCAGGGCGGAGCUAGAGGGGCUGGAAGGCUCUGCCCAGGCAGCGCUGGCCCGACUUGCUGAAGAACAGGUCCGAAUGUUUCAGGUUCUUCUGUCUGCAUGUGGAUCUUCUGCUGAAGCCCUGCCCCCUUACUGUUUACAUAUAAUGACCAAUAACUAAGAGAUGAGUUAGAGAUGAUUUAAUGCACAAUACAG